AUCCGCGGCUUCCCCUGUAAAUUCAUUUUUUUAAAAGUUGUUCCUCGGUCCGCCUGCGGGCGUCGCUGUGGUGGAGCGUCAAUUUGCGUCCUCGUCUUUCCCAUCCUCGCUGGCGGGCACGCGCGUCGUUGGACCAGACGGGAACGCGCUGCGUCCGCGUCGCUCUUAGACGGCGUGCGCGCGAAACUGCUGCAGGAAGUCUGAGUGACGUGGGCCGGUGCGCGCGGUCAUGACGUCAGCGGCGGCGACCCCCGGCCUGGGCGACCUGUCCCGCUUGUACCAGACGGAGUUCGUACGCAGCGCCCGCGCGGUGGGCGCCCUGUGGGCCGUGUGCACGCUGUGCUUCGCCAUCAUCCAGGUGGUCAUCCUGGUGCAGCCGUCCUGGAUCGGAACCGCCGAGGUCCGCCAUCCGGGGACGGGGCCGGCCCCGCCCACUGGCACCCUGGGAUUAUUUGAGGUGUGUCUGGAGUCGGACAGGCCGGUUCCCGACUGCCGCGGCCGUCUGUCCAGCCUGUCCCCCCUGCCGUCCUUCCAGUCCGUGGCAGUCCUGGUCGGCGUGUCCCUGUGGGCUGUGUGGACCAGCGUGGUUUGUCUCUGCCUCUUUCGAUUCUGCAGUGCCGCCACCGUCUACAAGAUCUGCGCCUGGCUGCAGCUCACAGCAGGGUUCUGCUUGGCGUUAGCCUGUCUGCUGUUCCCCGAUUCAUGGGAGAGUCCCGAGAUGAGAGUCCUGUGCGGCGACUCGGUGGGCAGCUUCUCGUCGGGGAACUGCUCCAUCCACUGGGCCUUCAUCCUCGCCAUCCUGGGCGUUUUGGACGCCGCCAUCUUGGCCACACUGGCGUUUGUGCUGGCCAACAGGCAAGACGCCCUGCUGCCGCCGCUCGGCAAGGAAGGACUGCUGAUGUCGGCAUAGGCGCCGCGGGACUUCCUUGUCUUCCUUCUCAGAACAAACGAUGACAUCGUCGUCACCAUGACAUCAUGGCGAUGUCGUGAAAACACCCCGUAUGAUGAUGAUGAAAGGUGGAACUGUUGUUGUUGGAUCAGCUCCUUGUUGUCAAGCACGUCGCGCGUUUAGCAUUUGGGUGUUAAGUUUAGCAUUUAGCAUUAAGUGCAGUUUGCGCAUCGUAAGCUCCCAAACACAACGGCAGGCAAGUCCUUCUUCUCUUUGCAUGGCUCGCUUCAGUCGAGUGUGAUAACACAAUUUCAGCGUCUUUCCAAUCGCGUUAGGCGGAGGCCCCGUUGUCCUGAGCUAUUAUCCGGUGCUAACAGUUAGCCUAGCUUCUGUUAUUUCUUGUUCCAUGACAUUGUAUGUCACAAAAGAACACAGUCAGACAUUUUCUUUCCCCGCCUUAUCAUGUGAACUCUGUCAAGAUGUUUAAAAACAACUGCUUUGUCUUAGCUUAGCAACGGCGAGGUUGAACAGUACGUGUCACAUUUCCAGACAGUGUUUUCAUCUGUACCAAGUGUUAGGCUAAUAUGAUUUUUGUUUUUUUGUAGUUGUUGUGUGCUUGUAUAACUACUGUUAGCAUGUCAGCCUUUGAGAAUACUCAAGACAGUAGUACUGAGGUGUGAGAUGAGUGCGCAACAACUAACGUGCUAGCUUAGCAGAGGCUUAGCUAAGGUCGGCCACCAGCAGACAGCCAACUGCGGGCGUGACGGAAAUUUCCAGUCGAGGUCCGACAGCAGGAGAGAAGAAAGCGGAGUGGUCAUCUUUGAAGGUGAUGCAGAGAAAGAUCCGAAUGGUUUUUGGCGGUGUGAACGCCAACCGCUAACGGCUAGCUGCUCAACAAAAGAUACAGUAUCGUUCCCAAGGAAAGAUAAAGAGUCCUUUGUCAUACACUGUAUUUACGAAUUAGACUAUUUAUGUACUUUAUGUAUGAUUAAUAAAAAAUAAAAAAUAAAAAAAGGCCUGUAAUGGCUAAAGAGAAAGUAGUCCGGCGUAUUUUUACAGAUGCGUCCUCCCAAAAUCAAAUCAUCUUGCAUGCCAUUUAUUUUUAUAGGAUGGUGUUGUGAUUUAAAAAAAAGAUUUUUAAAGUG